AUUAUGGCCAGUGUCUCUGUCCACCCUAGUUAUGAGGUAAGUCCAUAACCAAUCACCAAUGCCACUUUCUUAUUACACUUAACUUUCUUUUGGACUUUAGACCCGUGAAACUGUGCCUCUCAAACACAAAGCAUCACUUUUUUUUUUUUCACAAACCAGAAAAUGAGAAACAUUGUCAAAUUGAAUACCUCAAUAUAAUGGACUUGUUACUCUAAACACCACAAAUUGUUUAUGUUGAAGUCUUCCUCACGAGAAAUCCCAUCAAAGAACUAGCUACAAUCAACACCUUAAUCAUCAAACUUGACAACCACCACCAACACAAGUUCUUUUUAUCACAGUUCUCGUGAUCCAUCCCAUGUUUGACAAACAACAAAAAUGCACGUAAAGAAAGAACUUGUUAUAUUUCAUCCACAUAUCGCUAACUACAGAAGGGAGCAAAAUGAAUGUAGGAUCGAAUUCGGUAGGAAACCAUCUUGUUGAUAUCCAUGAAGUCUUGCAUGAAGAGGAAGAAGACAAGGAAGAAAACAGCAACAACACUACUAAUAUGGCGGAUAAAGCAGACACGCGAUUCAACAGGCCUACGAAAAAUAGAGAAAUGAAAAGGCCUCCUAGGAAAUUCAGCAGGCAAGUUUCACUAGAGACGGGGUUCUCUGUGCUCAACGGUGAGACAUCUAAAGAUAAGAACGAUAGAAAAGUACUUGGAAGAAGUGGCAAGAGUUUCGGAGGAUUUAGUGUCAAUGGAACAACUGGUCUUGAAGCAAAAAACAAAGGGGAUUUCAACAUGUUCAGGACUAAAUCUACUCUUGCUAGGCAAUCAUCAAAGCUACCACUUAGAAAGGAAAGUGGAAUCGAUAUUCAGAACAGUAAUGCUAAAGGAGAACUUGAUGAUCGUGUCAAGAAAAGUGUCCCUGCUGGAAGAUACUUUGAUGCCCUUAGAGGACCUGAACUUGAUCAAGUCAAGGAUUCUGAGGACAUUCUUCUUCCAAAAGAUGAAAAAUGGCCUUUUCUACUCAGGUUCCCAAUUGGUUGCUUUGGUAUCUGCCUAGGCCUUAGUAGUCAAGCCAUCCUUUGGCGCUCUCUUGCUCUGAGUCCUGUCACCAAAUUCCUCCAUGUUCCACUGUUCAUUAACUUUGCGAUUUGGCUGUUAGCCGUGGGGGUUCUGGUUGCGGUCUUCAUAACCUACAUGUUCAAAUGUGCACUUUACUUUGAAGCUAUAAAGAGAGAAUACUUUCACCCGGUGAGGGUCAACUUCUUUUGUGCUCCAUGGAUUGUCUGCAUGUUUUUAGCCAUAGGUGCACCGCCUAAAACAGUACCGGGCAUGCUUCAUCCUGCAAUCUGGUGUGUCUUCAUGGCCCCAAUCUUCUUCCUCAAUCUCAAAAUCUAUGGCCAAUGGCUUUCGGGAGGGAAAAGACGUCUCUGUAAAGUUGCCAACCCAUCAUCUCACCUCUCUGUAAUAGGAAAUUUUGUGGGAGCCAUUUUGGCUGCCAAAGUUGGAUGGAAGGAGCCAGGAAAGUUCUUGUGGUCAAUUGGCUUUGCACAUUAUCUUGUGGUGUUUGUCACAUUAUAUCAAAGGUUGCCAACGAGUGAAGCGCUGCCUAAGGAACUGCAUCCCGUUUAUUCCAUGUUCAUUGCAACUCCAGCUGCAGCCAGCCUUGCUUGGGGUGCUAUAUAUGAUGACUUUGAUGGCUUGGCAAGGACCUGCUACUUCAUUUCAUUAUUUCUCUACUUAUCAUUGGUUGUACGUCCCAACUUCUUCACAGGUUUCAGAUUUUCAGUUGCAUGGUGGUCAUAUACUUUUCCGAUGACAACAGUUUCAAUAGCAACCAUAAAGUAUGCAGAGGAGGUUCCUUCUUUCAUAACCAAGGCUCUGGCUUUGGCCCUUUCGUUCAUGUCAACAACAAUGGUCUGCAUAUUAUUCGUCUCAACCCUUCUGCAUGCUUUUGUUUGGAAAACCUUGUUUCCCAAUGAUCUUGCCAUUGCCAUAACAAAGAAAAGAUACAGCAAGGAUAAGAAGCCUUUAAUGAAGCGUUGGACAAAACAUUCACCUCUUUCGUUUGUCACAUCAAUGGGGAAACAUAACUCAGGAGACAAAGAUGGUGGUUCUGAUGAGGAGAAAUGAUUGUAAAUCAACAAUCACGCUGCAUAAAUGCUUAAUAUGGAAGUUGGCAGCACUAUAUAAUCGAGCAAUUAGUCCUGAAGGCAAGCAAGAGGAACAAAGUCUCUACCAGAAAAGAGCAAAAAAAUGUUUCUUCAAGGUCUAAAGCCGCCCUUCCCUACUCUCUAGCCUUUAUAAUCAGAAUGUAAUUCCAGUGUGAACUAAGACAUUAGCCAAACUAGAGGAUUUGAUUAAAUUUUGUUAGUUUUUCACGUCUGACAGAUAAUUCACUUGAUCUCUCAAGAAUUUUCUUUCCCGACAUCAAGAAUCGGGGACAA